GUUCCGCUUCCGGUUCCGGGACUUAGUUUGUUUUAGGCUUGCUUGGUGCUGCGCGCUAGCUGUAGCAGCGGAUCUCUAGGGUCCGUGUCCAGGUUCGGGCGAAGGGUGCCGGCGCUUCGCGGCUGAAGACAUGGCGGCUUCCACAGCGGCCGGGAAGCAGCGGAUUCCCAAAGUGGCCAAGGUGAAAAACAAAGCCCCAGCUGAAGUGCAGAUAACUGCCGAACAACUCUUAAGAGAAGCGAAAGAGAGAGAGCUUGAGCUUCUCCCGCCUCCACCUCAGCAGAAGAUCACAGAUGAAGAAGAGUUAAAUGAUUACAAACUAAGAAAAAGGAAGACUUUUGAAGAUAACAUAAGAAAAAAUAGGACUGUGAUUAGUAACUGGAUAAAAUAUGCACAAUGGGAAGAAAGUCUAAAGGAAAUUCAAAGGGCCCGAUCCAUAUACGAGCGUGCUUUAGAUGUAGACUACCGCAAUAUUACACUCUGGCUGAAAUAUGCAGAAAUGGAAAUGAAGAACCGCCAGGUCAACCAUGCCCGAAACAUCUGGGAUCGUGCUAUAACAACUCUGCCGCGAGUCAACCAAUUCUGGUACAAGUACACGUACAUGGAGGAGAUGUUAGGGAACAUUCCUGGUGCCCGGCAGGUGUUUGAGCGCUGGAUGGAAUGGCAGCCUGAAGAACAGGCCUGGCAUUCCUACAUCAACUUCGAGCUGAGAUACAAAGAGGUGGAGCGGGCCCGAACCAUUUAUGAACAGUUUGUGAUCGUGCACCCCGAUGUCAAGAACUGGAUCAAGUACGCUCGCUUUGAGGAGAAGCAUGCAUAUUUUGCACAUGCACGGAAAGUGUACGAGAGAGCCGUGGAAUUCUUUGGAGAUGAGCAUAUGGAUGAACACCUUUAUGUGGCCUUUGCUAAAUUUGAAGAAAAUCAGAAAGAAUUUGAAAGAGUACGUGUCAUCUACAAGUAUGCCCUGGAUAGAAUUUCAAAACAAGAGGCCCAAGAACUCUUUAAAAACUAUACCAUCUUUGAGAAGAAGUUUGGUGACAGGCGGGGUAUUGAAGAUAUCAUCGUAAGCAAACGGAGAUUCCAGUAUGAAGAAGAAGUGAAGGCUAAUCCACACAACUAUGAUGCAUGGUUUGAUUACUUACGCUUGGUGGAAAGUGAUGCUGAAGCUGAAACUGUGCGGGAGGUCUAUGAGAGGGCCAUUGCCAAUGUUCCACCCAUUCAGGAGAAGAGGCACUGGAAGCGCUACAUUUAUCUCUGGAUCAACUACGCACUCUACGAAGAGUUGGAGGCAAAGGAUCCAGAGAGGACAAGACAGGUAUAUCAAGCAUGUUUGGAACUAAUUCCUCACAAAAAGUUCACAUUUGCCAAAAUGUGGUUAUAUUAUGCGAAAUUUGAAAUAAGGCAGAAAAAUUUACCAUUUGCCAGAAGAGCUUUGGGAACAUCCAUAGGAAAAUGCCCAAAGAACAAGUUAUUUAAAUGUUACAUAGAAUUGGAACUGCAGCUUCGAGAAUUUGACAGAUGUCGGAAGCUUUAUGAAAAGUUCUUGGAAUUUGGACCAGAAAAUUGUACCUCAUGGAUUAAGUUUGCAGAAUUGGAAACAAUACUUGGUGAUAUUGAGAGAGCUCGGGCAAUCUACGAAUUAGCCAUCAGCCAGCCACGCCUAGACAUGCCAGAGGUGCUUUGGAAAUCAUAUAUUGAUUUUGAGAUUGAACAGGAAGAAACUGAGAGGACACGGAAUCUUUACCGACAGUUGCUUCAGCGGACACAGCAUGUCAAGGUAUGGAUCAGUUUUGCUCAGUUUGAGUUGUCUUCAGGGAAAGAAGGAAGUGUCGCUAAAUGCAGACAGAUUUACGAGGAGGCGAACAAAACCAUGCGAAACUGUGAAGAAAAGGAAGAGAGACUCAUGUUGUUGGAAUCCUGGAGAAGCUUUGAAGAUGAAUUUGGAACAGUAUCAGACAAGGAAAGAGUAGACAAACUCAUGCCAGAAAAGGUCAAGAAGAGAAGAAAGGUCCAGGCCGAUGAUGGGUCUGAUGCAGGCUGGGAAGAAUACUACGAUUACAUCUUCCCAGAAGAUGCUGCCAACCAGCCUAACCUCAAGCUUCUGGCAAUGGCCAAACUUUGGAAAAAACAGCAACAGGAAAAAGAAGCUGCUGAACAAGAUCCAGAUAAGGAUGUUGACGAGAGCGAAUCUUGAUUGUUUUUCAUAUUGAGAAAUGUAUUUUUAUAAACUAAUGGUUUAGAACAUUUGACUUCUGGGUGUUUAUAUAUUUCCCCAGUAAGGAAUUGUUUGGAACUUUUGAUAGCUACUUUUUGAAAUGUUUUUUAAAUGCUCUUGGAUUAGCUAAGGGUAGGGAAUUACAAGUAAAGGAAUUUUUCAAGUGGA